UCCGUCAAGCAUACCGACAAGCACAUUCAGCAUGAAAAUGGCGAACUCGCUCGAGUUGCUUUUCGGCUGUCAAACGAGUGUAAACGUUUUAAUUGUCGUUCUGCAAAAAAGCUACUUUUGCACCACGUUCACAAAUAAAUAUUUAAUUAUUCAUAUAAAAUAUCAUCAAAUAAAGCGGGAUGUCUAUCGGUGUACCAAUAAAAGUGCUACAUGAAGCAGAGGGGCAUAUUAUCACGUGUGAGACAAUUACCGGCGAAGUAUACCGGGGCAAACUAAUAGAGGCGGAAGAUAACAUGAAUUGCCAAAUGACACAAAUCACAGUCACAUAUCGUGAUGGACGAACGGCAAACUUGGAAAACGUGUACAUACGCGGGUCAAAAAUUCGCUUCCUUAUCCUACCUGACAUGUUGAAGAAUGCGCCGAUGUUUAAAAAGCAAACAGGAAAGGGAUUGGGCGGGACGGCUGGCAGAGGAAAAGCGGCGAUACUACGAGCGCAAGCUCGAGGAAGAGGUCGUGGCGGCCCAGGUGGAGGUGGAAGAGGCGGCCCACCAACGGGUGCUCCUGGUGGUGGACGUGGGGCAUGGCAAGGAGGACCGACGGGUGGCCGAGGCCGUGGUGGUCUUUAAGUAAAUAGUAUUUUAAUUCCUUUAAAUUAAGUUUGAAUUACAAUGAAGUAAAUCCUGGAACUAGAUGUUUGCUAGAUGAUCGAUGUUAAUAAAACAUUGAAAGUCGACUGACGUUCUUAUGGCUAACAAAAUUGGAUUUUGUAAUGGAUAGACUUUUCUCUGGGAAAAAAUACGAGUUUUUAGGACUAAGUUUCUAGUUAUUUUAUAAUUGAACUUUAGACGGAAUACAUAUAUUCAGGCAGGUUGUACAUACCAUUUCCGAGCGAAUUUUCACCCCUUAAAAUUUGCAUUCCAAGUGACAUUGAAAACCACUUCAAAACGAAUUGCCGAAUCUGCCUGAUAUUAUCAAUAGAUCCUUACCUCGUGUUAAAGUUAGUGUCAGAGGCUAAACGCCUUAAAGAUAACCCCCAUUCACUUGCUACUAAGUAUGUUCAAACAAAUAUUACUGAACAGACAGCAUUAACGGAUUGGGAAACAUGUUUUUAAAAGCACCUUGGGCAUAACAGUUAAGAGCCAGAUGCCGUUUGUGGACAUAUACAAAAUACAGAAAAACAUGGAAUUUUAGUAAACUUUGCUGAUUGUCGAAUACUAUACAAAAAGAGCAAUUCCAUGACAGUAUAUUAUAAAACUUGACUGUCGAUGGAUAGCUCUCUUCAUUUUGCCAUUCGUUUUGUGGAUUUAGAUCGGAUUAGAUCCACCACCAAACACAAGCAAACAUACAAAAACGUAGUAAAAUAAGUAAAUAUUCUGAAAAUAAUUUU